AUGAACCGUACUCUACAAAUUCUGCGCAGCGGUAACAAUGAAGAAGUCACUAAACAAAAAACAUCAGUUGGUAGUGAUCAAUCUAGUGUAAUACCAAAACAUAAUGAGAAGUCGAAAUCUUCUAAUUCCAAAGUUGGUGUCUCGAAUGAAAUAGCAUCCCAUCAGUUGUCACCACAACUUGCUGUAAAAACAACGUCAACCCCAGUAACGUCUGCAAAUACUUCGAUUCUACCAAAGAGUGGUGCAAACAAACUAUCAUCACGAAGCAGCACCCCACCUUCUACUCCAUCUGAAACACAAGCAAAAGUAAUUCAGAGUGAAUCGAUAAUGGCAUCUAGUAACAUUGGUCGUAAUUCAUCUCUUCCAAAAACAUUAGCUGACACUUACAGACAUGUGACAUCUAAGAUCAACGAGGUGGGUGCCACUACCACUCGUAAUCCUGUUAUACGUCAAGAUAUUGCUGACACAUUCAAGGAAAUCAAUAUUUUUUUGGCCGGCUCCCCCAGAGUUGGAAAGAGCACUCUGAUCAAUGCUAUAUGUCAAAAAGAGUUGGCUAAAACAAGCCCUGCGCUUGAUUCGUGCACGAAAAGUGUCUCCCGUUACCAUCUUAACGGUAGCAUCAAACAUGAUUCGGAAACAAUAAACUACAAGUACAAUUUCUGGGACACACCUGGAUUUGAAAGUUGGACUCAAGAUGACAUUCGAAGAAGUUUAGAAAAUAUUUUAAAAGAACCCAAAUCCUAUAUACUAUGCAUGAUCUUUUGCGCAUCGCCGGGUUCCUUUGCAAAGACUGAACAACUCGAUUGGCUAUUACAAGAGUGUAUGAAAAGAGAGAUCUUAUGUGCUCUUGUGUGUACCAACAAAUGGGGUGGGCAAAAAAAACAACGAGACGCUGUUAUACAAGAUUUUCAGCAGUUACUAAUGAAGUACCAUGCCAAAACUCGAGAAGAAGAUGGUGUUAUCUACUAUGGAAAUAUGGGAUUAUGCACAGCAGUAAAUAGUGACACAUACGAAGAUGAAGAUGCUGGCAAAGUGUUUGAACAAUCCGGUAUCAAUGAACUUAUUUUUGGGAUUAUGCAAUCUCUCGACAGUAAUAAGGUAGCUCAUUGGUGCAUGCUAGCGUUUGAAAACAAAUCAUUUUUGGACAGUAUAUUCAAUGUUCCGAAAAAAAUUAGAGCAUUUUGGAACAAACUAGUUUGCAAAGGUUAA